ACGUUUCGCCCACCCACCUCUAGGGUUUCCCCAAUGGCGGCGGCGGUGGCGACCACCUCCAGGCGCGGCCCCGGCGGCGGAGGCCGGCCGAUGGACGACGAGAACCUGACCUUCGAGACCUCGGCGGGUGUCGAGGUCGUGGGCAGCUUCGACGCCAUGGGCAUCCGGGACGAGCUGCUCCGCGGCAUCUACGGCUACGGCUUCGAGAAGCCCUCGGCUAUCCAGCAGCGCGCUGUGCUCCCCAUCAUCACCGGCCGCGACGUCAUCGCCCAGGCACAGUCCGGCACCGGCAAGACCUCCAUGAUCUCACUCUCCGUCUGCCAGAUCGUAGACACAUCCGUCCGCGAGGUGCAGGCGUUGAUACUGUCGCCUACUAGAGAGCUUGCCACGCAAACAGAGAGAGUGAUGCAGGCUGUUGGCCAAUUCAUGAGCGUGGAUGUGCACGCCUGUGUCGGUGGCAAAAGUAUUGGCGAGGAUAUCAGGAAGCUUGAGGCUGGAGUGCAGGUUGUGUCUGGAACCCCGGGCAGAGUCUGUGAUAUGAUCAAGAGAAGGACUCUGCGCACAAGGGCCAUCAAGAUCCUAAUUCUGGACGAAGCCGAUGAGAUGUUGAGCAGAGGUUUCAAGGACCAGAUAUAUGAUGUCUACAGAUAUCUUCCCCCAGAACUUCAGGUUGUAUUGAUCUCUGCAACUCUGCCUCAUGACAUAUUGGAGAUUACUAGCAAGUUCAUGACUGAUCCAGUCAGGAUCCUUGUGAAGCGUGAUGAGUUGACCCUAGAGGGAAUCAAACAAUUCUUUGUUGCUGUUGAGAAGGAGGAAUGGAAGUUUGAUACCCUGUGUGAUCUUUAUGAUACAUUGACCAUCACCCAAGCUGUCAUUUUCUGCAAUACUAAGAGAAAGGUGGAUUGGCUUACUGAAAGAAUGCGCACCAAUAACUUCACUGUAUCAGCCAUGCAUGGUGACAUGCCUCAAAAGGAAAGAGACGCCAUUAUGAGUGAGUUCAGGGGUGGUUCCACCCGUGUUCUAAUCACGACAGAUGUUUGGGCUCGAGGGCUGGAUGUCCAGCAGGUCUCUCUUGUCAUUAAUUAUGAUCUCCCGAAUAAUCGUGAGCUCUACAUCCAUCGCAUCGGCCGCUCUGGGCGUUUCGGACGCAAGGGUGUGGCGAUUAACUUUGUGCGCAAGGACGACAUCCGUAUCCUGAGAGACAUCGAGCAGUACUACAGCACACAGAUUGAUGAGAUGCCGAUGAACGUCGCUGAUCUGAUCUGAUCGGUGCUGGUGUUGCUGUUGUGUGUCUGAUGAUGAUGCCGAUGGUAAACUCAACUUGAACUGUUGGAGUGAUCUAUCCCUCUGUGCGUGUGGUUUGGGUUGGAAGUGUUUGGGCUUUUGACUGUUAUCUCUGCUGUAACUUGAGCGUAGUGGGUUUGGUUGCUUUGGGCUGUGAACGAGAUUGAAGUGUACAUAUUCUUUCCAGGACCAGAUCUCAUGUAAAACACUGUUGUUGCUCGUUUCUGCUUUGGACGACA